ACUUGAGUUGAGUUUUGCUCGCAGCUCGUCUGGUUUGGCUCAUUUCACAACGCUAGCGUGGUUCAGAAGAGAAAACGCCUUGCCGCCUCAGGAAUUUCGUACCUCCAUAGUACAUCUACGACGUCAGUAAGAAAAAUCCGUAGGGCUUCCGAACGCUCACAGCCAUGUAUCAUCCUCGUCCUUCCCGCGCAGGGCCUCGCGCCGUCGCGCGGUACAUAGAAACCGCCGCCGACCCGCACGAUCAGGAGCGACGUCGUGCGAAGUUCACCGCGAUGUCCAACGACUUCAACUCCAUUCGCCAGCGAUUUCGCGAGGUGCAAGAGGACGACGUGUACCUUUCGCAGGAGCUCGAGCGCAUGCAGCGGCAGCGGGAGGAGGAGGCGCGCCACGAAGCCAAGCUGGACUUCCGCGGCCUGAGGCUUUACCGCGAGCUAACGUCAACAUCAGAACCCAUGUCAUGGCGCGAAAAUCCUGAAAAAACGGACAACUCUGGAGCUAAAUCAGCUGUACCGGCUGCUGGUAACCCGGGUUGCCCUCCAGGUGGCAACAUGUGGAGUUACUCCGCCGUCGCUCCUUCAGCGUUGGGCCCUAAGCGGCAGCCUCAGGCUCAACAAGUCGCUUCUGGGGUGACGUUCUACGGCGCGAAUGGCGGCGGGAAGAGCGGGCGAAUGGAGACGUACGAGAGUGCUGUGAAGAGUGAGGGGAGUGAGGGGAAAAAGAGUGAGGGCAAGAAGGCCGGUGGUGGGUUCGCGAGCUGGCUGCUGGGAGGGCCGGACCAGGAGCAGCACCUGCUGUGGGAUACGCCGGAGUAUAAGGCGGGCGAGGCGAAGCUUAUUCUGUGAGGGAAGGAUGGAGGUAGGCUGUAGUAAGGUCGCGCCUGAGCUUGUAGUAAGGCUAUGAAGCUUACCCGGUCUCUGGUUGAACGGUUUUUUUGCUCACCAUGUGUGUAUACGGUAGUUCGGGUGGUGUUAGUUGCUCCUUAAUUUUCAAAAGCCUUCGUGUACUGUUACAGGGAGUAUUAAAGACAGCAAUUUCUC